GACUUCCAUGUUUAAGUGCCACUUGGAAAGACUGAACUGACAAAACGUCCUUAAGACUGGAAGAGUGUUCAAUUGUGUGCAAAUCAACAUAUUUUUGAUUGUAUGAAAAAGUAAAUAAAAAGAAGUAAAAAGAAGUUGAUGAUAAACACAAUCUUUAGGAAUGCUGAGGGAAUCCAGAAAGAAAGUAACCUUCCUUGACAAGCCAUCUUUUUUGGGAAACAGUGCAGAUUCCACAACUAGACAGCCUCACUCGAGAGACCCCCAGUCUGUCCUUCCUGAGAUUGUCAGGCAGCAGUCACAGGUGAAUCUCUCUUACAGAAGACUCAGAGACAGAGGAGUUCUGACAACAGAACAAAUCAGGAAGAUUAAGGAGCUCCUUGAGAUAAUCCAGAAUGCUGACAUUCCAGUUUUUGACUCAUUCUGUGCUGUGCUUGGGGAAAUGGGGUGCUGGCAGCUUGUGCAAACACUUCAGGCUGCAGUCAGAGCGAAACUGCAUGCUACAGUCACAUCCGUUAAGAAAAGCAAGACUUCAAAAAAUGUUGUUUUGUGUCAUGAGCAAAACUACAAAGGGGCGAAAGAGGAAAACAAACGUCUGUGCAGAAAAAUGCAGUAUCUGAGACAAGAAUAUGAGAAAAGGUUAUGCAACCUGGAGGGGAUGUUGGUUGAGGCACGAGAGGAGAGAAAGCAGGCAGAACGGGAGAGAUGUGACAGCCAGCAGAAGAGUGCUGAGCUGAGGAGACUCAACACAGAACUCCAGGCACUCAUUGCCAGGCUGCAGUCUUCCUUCGAAGAGCCGGCUGUCAUCACCGAUGUAGGAAAAAUAGACAUGGACUGUCUGCCCAGAUCCAAAGUGUACACUCAUGGAAAUCGCGGUCUGGGCUUGUUCUUGGGUUGAAGGUCAGAUGAUGCUGCCACCAUUGUCAGCGUUCAGUCCCAUCUACCUCUCAUUGGGUGAUCAAUGUUCUUUGGGGAACAGCCAGUCUAGACGAUGAGAAGAACUCUUUACAAACUCUCUAAAAUAGUCUUUAAAUAUUCCUCAUGACAGUACUAAGACUGCACUCCUGAAAUAUGAAAAACCUUUCAAAUCAAAUCAAAGCACUGCACAUGAUUCAUAGAAAAAUUGAUACAAAGUUUUUUAAGAACACGACUACAAAAGCAGGUACAGGUACAAAUGACUACAAAAGGAACGUACAGGUACAAAUAUUUUAAUAUUUUUGAAACAACCACAACAGGAAAAAAAAAUAUUCAAAAUUAUUCAGGAAAAAAAGAUAAUCAUUCCAACUUGGAAGUUAAAAUACUCUGAAUUCCAUUAACAUUGAGAAUUUUAAAAUUUAUAUACAUUUUGUAUUAAAAAAGAUCAAACUUAUGUGUGUGUGGCAAGUUACAACAAAUAUUUGAAGUUUUAUGACAAGAUGUUUAUAUUGUUUUCAUCGAAUUCAGUGAGUACAUUUUAAAAAUUAAUUAAAAAUUUGGAAUGGAAAUUAAAUGUUUGAUUUACAAAUUUAAUUAUACAAUGAAAAACGUUAUCCAAAUAUUACAGGUGUGCCAUCAUAUACCAUUAUAAUUUUCUGAAAAGGGGAAUCAGUCAUAAUUAUAUAUAUUUUUUUUUUGAAGUACAUAAAAAUGUAACCACGCUUAAAUGUAUCAAACUUGAAUGGCUUCAUAAAGUAUAUACAAUAUUUGAACAAAACACUGAACCAAUUCUAAUUCUACAUGUUCAUUUAAACGAAUAUGUGCUGAAAAGAUAAUGUAAUUGUAAAAAAAUUGUGAUCUACUUUGCAAACAGCAAUGUGGUUGAAUUGAAGUCAUAAGACUUUCAGGUAGCAGCAAAAUAUUAUAUUAAAAAUUAAAAGUUUAUCAUGCAUUCUUCAAAAUGUACUGUAUGAAGGUCAAUCAAAAAGUAAUGCUCUGUUGUUUUGAAAGUGUGAACCAAAGAUAAUGUUUUAACAAAAACGAUAACUGUCUGAAACAUUAUUUCAGUAGAUAUUUUGUUUUCAGAAUAUAAAUGUAAGAAUGUAAAGUAUCCAGCAAGUAUCAUUAACUGAUUUAUCCAGCACAGGGUUGUGAGAGACCCUAAACCUGUCCCUGUAAGCAACAGGAGCAAGGCAGGAUACACCAUGGACAAUCACAGGACACGUACAGACACAGACACACAUUCACA